AUGAAAGGGUUGAAUGAAAUGUUAUCUUCUGCUGCAAAUGCAAUUAGUAAAGCUGCUAGUGCUACCGCUCAGAAAAUAGAUGAAUUUUUCUCACCACCUCGAACAAGAUAUAAUGAAGCCGAAUUACCAAAGGUUUUAGUAACAACUGAAGAAGAUAACAUUGUUGGAAAUUACAUAAGAACUCCUUUUAAAAUAAUGAACGCAAGAAAACAAAUGAUUCAUGGUUCAAUAUAUAAACUUGACAAGGAUAUUGAAGUAGAAAUUACAAAAUGUUUGAUUUAUUUACAUGGUGUUUCAAGCUCGCAACUUGAAGGACAAUUUCUCGUUCCAAAUCUUUGUUCUUAUCACAUUGCUGUUUGUUGCUUUGAUUUUAUUGGAUGUGGUAAUAGCGAUGGAAAGAUGAUAUCAUUAGGAUACUACGAGCACAUUGAUACGGAAUUUGUAAUUAAAAUGUUAGAACAAGAUUUUGGUUACAAAGAAUUUGCUUUAUGGGGAAGAUCUAUGGGCGCUGCCACUGCACUACUUACAAAAAGCGAUGCUAUUAAGUCAAUGGUUAUUGAUUCCGCGUUUUCUUCUGCUGAUGAAUUAUUUGGAGAUUUGGCCGCGCAAAAACAUAUACCUAAAUCUGUCCUUGUUGGAUCUGUGAAGCUUUUCGCACAAGCAUCAUUUGGUAACGAUUUUAGUAUUGAUAAAAUUAAUUGUCUUGAAGCUGUGAAACAGAAUCCAGCUCCUGCUGCAUAUGGGCAUGCAACAUCUGAUAACUUUAUCCCAUUUUCUCAUGGAAAAACACUUUUUGAUAACCAUAAUAACAAAGAUAAAGAUUUCAUGGAGUUAACAGGAGGACAUAACGGAUAUAGAUCUGCAGAUUGGAUCAGAUAUGGUGUUGCCUUUGUUUUAAAUCAUUUUGGAGAACAUGUAAAUUCAUAUUGUCUUGAAGUUUCUGAAUGUCGUAAACUUCAAGCUGGAAAUGAGCAAUUUGAUAGCUUUUCUAGUCUUUUAGCUAACAAGAAAGUUUCUCCUGCCGAAGAAACACCAGAAAAAGAGAAAUCGAAAGAUGAACAAAAAGAAGAGAAGCCAAAAUCAGAAAGAAAGACAAGAACCAAGAAAGUUGUUAAAAAGAAAUCAGGAUCAACAAAAAAGGAAGAGAAAAUGGAAGAUAAUCAAAAUGAAGAAAAAAUAAAUCAUAAAACAGAGGAACCAUUAAAACAAGAAGGCGAAUCAAAGCCAGCAGAAGAUAAACCAAAGAAGAAAAAAGUUGUUAGAAAGAAAAAAGCAGAAAACUCAGAAGAAAAACCAAAAGAAACAGAAACAGAAACAAACAAAGAAGCAGUAGAGAAACCAAAGAAACAUCACUCAUCUAGAAAGAAAACAACUAAAUCUGAACAAGAAAAGAAAGACUAA